AACCUUGAAGGGGCGUGUCUAAAAUUGAGCCAGAUCGUCACUCUCCCAUAUAAACCGGACCUCAAUCUGCAACUGGUCAUCGACAGGAUCACUCAGCAAUCAUGAAGUGUCUGGUCUUUGUUCUGCUCAUCGGAGCUGCUUUCGCCACGGAGGACGACAAGAUCGUCGGAGGGUAUGAGUGCAAGCCCUACUCCCAGCCCCAUCAGGUGUCUCUGAACUCCGGCUACCACUUCUGCGGAGGCUCCCUCGUCAACGAGAACUGGGUGGUGUCUGCUGCUCACUGCUACAAGUCCCGCGUGGAGGUGCGUCUCGGAGAGCACAACAUCAAGGUCACCGAGGGAAAGGAGCAGUUCAUCAGGUCCUCCCGCGUCAUCCGCCACCCCAACUACAGCUCUUACAACAUCGACAAUGACAUCAUGCUGAUCAAGCUCAGCAAGCCCGCCACCCUCAACCAAUUUGUUCAGCCCGUGGCCCUGCCCACCAGCUGCGCCCCCGCCGGCACCAUGUGCAAAGUCUCCGGAUGGGGCAACACCAUGAGCUCCACCGCUGACAGGAACAAACUGCAGUGCCUGGACAUCCCUAUCCUGUCCGAGAGGGACUGUGAGAACUCCUACCCCGGCAUGAUCACCGAUGCCAUGUUCUGCGCCGGAUAUCUGGAGGGUGGCAAGGACUCCUGCCAGGGCGACUCUGGUGGCCCCGUGGUGUGCAAUGGCGAGUUGCAGGGUGUUGUGUCCUGGGGAUACGGAUGUGCUGAGAGGGACCACCCUGGUGUCUACGCCAAGGUCUGCAUUUUCAACGACUGGCUUGAGCGCACCAUGUCCAGCUAUUAAGAACCCGAUCCUUCGAUCCAUAAGCCAUGCCUCAUUAACACCUUUGUACCCCCUGGAGAACUGUUGUAGAACUUCUGUCAGCAACUUUCCAUUUGUACAAAUAAAAGGCAAAUAAAUAUGA